AUGCUCACCAAAAUGCAGACCCUGGUCAAAAUGCCCACCGAUGAGCACAUUUGUGUCGAGGUCUAUUUUGUGUACGAGCUGUACCGUAAUGUAAAGCAUGUGCUCAAGGUUGGGGACCGGGAUAUGGAGGGUAUGGUGACUACGGCUACGAUAGGCCUGACAUUGGCCGUUUCGGGUACGGGUCGGGCGGGUUUGGGCGCCACCAUCAGCACCGACACCAAAGCCAACGCUUUCAGAGCCAGAGUGAGAGCGCCGGCGGUUUUGGCGGAUAUGAGCGGAACUAUCGCCGACAAGACCAGAGCUACGGGAGCGACGAGUCUGAUAUGUCCGAUGAUUACAAAUAGGACACUCCCCUCAACAUCCCUGUCCACUAACAGUCAUAUUACACGCUAUUUGAUAGACAAGUCUUAA